AUGGUGGAGGUUGUGAGGGCUCCAGCACCUGUGUGGACGGCGGGGGAUAUAGCAGCUAUGCAGGCAUUUAGUCAUGCAGCUGAAAGCCUCCUCCUGCAGAGUGAGACUGUCAGCCAGACCAAUGAAUACCAUCAGGAUCGAGAGGUUGUACCAGCUUUCGAGGACAUCAUGGACGUCAUUGGUUCUAGAGGAAAGUUCCAGAAGAGAUUAAACACUGUUUUCAUUUGCUAUGGCACAAUCGUCAAUGUGCUGAGCUCGCAAAUGUACAAUUUCGUUAUGCAAACUCCUGAUCACUGGUGUCACGUCCCUGGUAGAGAGUUCACCAACUUAACUCUUGAUGAGUGGAAGAGCGCCACUAUCCCCAAGGAAGGAGGAACAUUCAGCAAGUGCCUGAUGUACAACGGAAGUGCCCUGGACGGUGCUUCCGAGGUGCCCUGCCAGCAUGGCUGGGAGUAUGACGACACGUGGUACCCUCAGACGGUGCCGUCAGAGAUGAACUGGGUCUGCGACGACAUGCACAUUGUCAGUGAAGUCAUGUUCUAUGCACAGAACAUUGGAGCAGCCCUGGGACUGCUUUUCGGCUACAUGGGUGACAUGUACGGACGUCGACCGCUGCAGUUGGCCUGCGUGGUGAUGCACGUCGUCAGCAGGGUGGCGAUGCUGUUCACUCCGUCACUGAUACUGCUGUUCGUCGUGGCGGAGUCGCUGGUGGUGGCCGCCGGAGGCGCCAUGCUGGAGUCGGCGGUAUCUGUAGGGACGGAAUUGACAGAUAUCAGAAACCGCUCUUGUAUCAAUUGCAUGGCAUGGGUUGGUCUACCUAUAGGAUUGGUGUCUGCCUGCUUGUGUGUUCAGAUGUUUCCCAGCUGGAAGCACUCCAUGCUUUUUGCAGUACUGUGCUGCCUUAUAUUACUACUCUUCUGCAGGUGGUUCCCCGAGUCGCCGCGCUGGCUGACGUGCAGGGGGCGCGAGGAGGAGGCGCUGAGCGUGCUGCGGCGGAUCGCGGCCACCAACGGCUCCAGCCUGCCGCCGUUCACCCUGCAGGUGCUGCACCGCGUCGCCAAGGCCAAGCGGGACCGCGUCGGCUACCUGGCCAUCUUCUCCAGCUGGAACCUCUUCAGGAACACCCUCCUGCUCGUCAUUGCCAAGUGCGCACGAGUUACUGUAAAACUAACAUGUUUUCAUAAACACAAGGAAAUGAGAUCAACAGCUUUUAUGUCAACUGGUACACAUUGUCAAAGUUACAUCGCAUAG